UGUUUUGUUGCCUUUUUAUUUUUACCCAGCCGCCUCCAUCAUCUAUCUCUUCUCGCAUCUUCCUUCAGCCGCUUCCAUAGUCCAUCUCUUCUCACAUCUCCCUUCCGGCCUUGGCCUUCCCUCCAUCUCUUUCGUCUCGCGUCUCCUCUUUCCUCUCCCACUCUCUCACUCUCCUCUUCUUCCAUCUCUUCCAUCUCCACCACUACGCCGGCGUACGACACACUACCCAAUAUCAAUCCAAAAUCCAACAACAUGGUCUCCGGUUCCGGUAUCUGUGCUAAGCGCGUCGUCGUUGACGCCAGGCAUCACAUGUUGGGAAGACUCUCUUCCAUUAUCGCCAAAGAGCUUCUCAAUGGUCAGAAAGUCGUGGUCGUCCGGUGCGAGGAAAUCUGCAUUUCCGGUGGAUUGGUCCGCCAAAAAAUGAAGUACAUGCGUUUCUUGAGGAAGCGAAUGAACACCAAGCCUUCUCAUGGCCCCAUUCACUUCCGUGCUCCCGCUAAGAUCCUUUGGCGCACCAUUCGUGGGAUGAUCCCCCAUAAGACUAAGCGUGGUGCAGCGGCACUUGCCCGUUUGAAGGCGUACGAGGGUGUUCCUCCUCCGUACGAUAAAAUGAAGAGGAUGGUCAUCCCUGAUGCCCUCAAGGUCUUGAGGCUUCAAGCUGGACAUAAGUACUGCUUAUUGGGCAGACUCUCUUCGGAGGUUGGAUGGAACCACUAUGAUACCAUCAAGGAACUCGAGAGGAAGAGAAAGGAAAGAUCCCAGGCUGCAUAUGAGAGGAAGAAGCAGUUAAAUAAGCUGAGGAUUAAGGCCGAGAAGGUUGCUGAGGAGAAGCUUGGUCCCCAACUUGAAGUUAUUGCUCCUAUCAAAUACUAAUUUGUGAUUUUGAUCUCAGAUACAGGAAUUGAGUUGCAGUUGAAUUUCGUUUUCCAAUUUUGAUAACGUUUAAACUCUAUUUUAGUAGACCAUGAUGCAUCUCUGUAUGCUUCUAGAAUUCUUCAGUUUAGCCAAGUUUUUAAUAUUUUUUUGUUAUGCAUGUUCAGUAGAUUCACGAUGCCCGUUUAAUCCAAGCAAAAAUGUUUUUAUUCCUUUGCUAUGCAUACGGUUGUGUCUAAACUCUGCAGUUAAUUCUCAUGGAUUGGCUUGAAAAAUUAAUCAUUUUCGUUUCCAAACCUUCA